UUGCAGAUUGAUAGGCAGCAGUUUGAAGAGACUGUCCGAACACUGAAUAACCUCUAUGCAGAAGCUGAAAAACUUGGGGGUCAAUCUUACCUUGAAGGGUGUCUCGCCUGUCUGACUGCCUAUACCAUCUUCUUGUGCAUGGAAACGCAUUAUGAAAAGGUUCUAAAGAAAAUUGCCAAGUUCAUUCAGGAACAGAACGAGAAGAUCUAUGCUCCUCAGGGCCUCCUUCUGACAGACCCCAUUGAAAGAGGACUAAGAGUUAUUGAAAUUACCAUUUAUGAAGACAGAGGUAUGACCAGUGGAAGAUAAAACUGUGGAGUCUCAGCAGAUAGCUCAACAGUGGACUCGCUGUAUCAAAGUUCCCCUACCUCCUACUUUAGAGCAUCAUUCCUUUCUCUGCUGCCAGAUCCACAGUGCCAUCUACUACAAGGACUAACUUCCUAAAACUGCUCCACAUGGGGUGACCUGGCUGGUCAGCAUCCAUUUUGUGGCAAACUUUUAAGUAAUGAGAUCACUUUUUAGUCUUUUUCAAGAAAAAGCAGAAGUGGUAAAGCUACGUACUCUUCUGAAAGAAAUGGGCACUUAGCCCAACGGAAGUCUAGUUUUAGUCACGUAAGUGCAGUGCUGUUCCUCCCUAGUUCUUAAACUCUUCUGUACAUCAAUCGGGCUUUGGAAAGCUACAAGUCAGAGUUGGGAAUUUUCCAGAAAUGAGGCCUUCCCUCCAGUUCAGUAUUGGAGUGAGGGGAUACACAGUGCCUCUGACUGGCAAGAAGUGACUCAAGGCAACAAGCGUUUUACGUUUCCUGUGCUGAUUCUUGUGGAAAACCAGAAGGCAAAGUCUUACUUGUUUCAAUGUUUUGGU